AAGGAGACCAGUCCCGGAAUUGUAACUCUCCCACAGGACAUCAAAAAACCCCGAAACACAUGUUAUAAUGUUUCUUAUUCAUCACGCUACAGACCAUUACCCACUUAGAAAAAGUGUUAAAUGUAACAACACCAUCUCCACAUUUAGCAUCAUCUCAAGUAUCCACAACUCUUAAGUACGUUAUCACCGAAAAGGAUCACGAGAUGGUGACUUCCACGUGGUUACGUAUGUUAAAUACUCAUGCUAUGGUAUUAAAAAAAAGGGGUGUGACACUCUCUAUACCAAUACCAAAAUGCAUGUUUCUUAAUGAAGAUGUGGGUGUGACGCUUGACUACGAGGACUUGUUGGAUUGGUGUUUUAAAAGAGAGGUUGGAGAAUCCCAAAUGAACAUUUUCAUAAAGUACUUGAAAGGUCAUUGUCAGAAUGAAGGUGUCUCGGGUAUGUACGGAUUCUGUGACACAAAUGUUUUAUCUCCAAUGACACCAACUAUAGAUGAGGAGGUUCGAUCUGACUAUCUAGCUCGUGUUUUUGGAUGCAACGAGGGAAAGAAUGUCAAUCAACUCUUCUUUGCUCCUUAUAAUGACAAUAUGCAUUGGAGGUUAGCUGUUAUUAGUCCUUGGAAUGGACUAGUGUGCUGGUUAAAUCCGACCGGGGAAGAAAACGAGAUCAAUGAGUUUUCUAAAAAGAUCAUAAAUAAGGGAUUAAAAAAAUUCAGCAUGGUCCAUCGAAAGGACAUUAAGAAGAUAAAAAAGGAUCCAUAUAUUGAGUGGAAGCAACCUAAGUGUCCUCGACAACCUCAAUACUCCAAGGUUUGUGGAUACUAUGUUUGUCGCUAUAUGCUUGAGAUUAUACAGAAAAGGGUAUUGUGGGUUUCUGAUAAGUUUUUUAAAACGGACCCCUGUACAUAUUCAACUGAAAAUAUUGACGAAAUUAGAGACUUGUGGCUAAGUAUGUUCUAGAGCUUGAACAAGAUGAUGUUAAUGAAUGAAAUGAAGAUGGUAUAGACAUUGCGUGAGUUUAGUUUGUCCAUUACUUUUGGGAAAAGUAUUGCGAUUUUUAGAAUUUUUUGUAUAGUACUUUUGGAGCUUAUCUUAGAUGGCAUGGAAAUUAAAUGAGUGGUUUAUAUUUUUGGGGAAUACUGGAUUUUUUUUUUUUGCAGAUGUUGCUGUAUAGUAUUUUUGGAGGUUUUACUAUAAUUAUUGGAUAUGUAAAAGUGUUUAUCAACUUUUGUUUAUUAUUGUAUGUUCCAUGAAUAUUAUAAAAUUAUGGAGUAAUGUAUAUGAUGUGCAUAUAUAUAGCAGUGAAAAAUAUAGGUACAAAUAUCCUCAGAUUCCAUACAAGAACAAAUACAGCUCAUAUACCGUACAGGAACAAAUACAAAUAUAAUUGGAUUUUGGGAAAAAAAAUUAAAA